AUGCAAGAAUUUUUUCAUAUGCAUCAAGAAGAAAACCAAUCUGUCAUAUCAUUUUAUGAAAAUGUCAUCCGCAAAUACAGAAAAUCUCGACACUUUAUUACUGAACAACAAGUUAUCACGGUAUUACAAAAUGAUGUUAAAAAAUCAUUAAAGGAACAUUUAAUUCGUAAUCAAAAAGAAAUUAAAAAACCAGAACAAUGGUUGCAAUUUGCAAGAGAAGAAGAAUAUACAGGAUCCAGUUUUUCACGAGCAUUAAUUUGGUAUAUAGCACUCUUUGAUAUCACUUAUACUUUAAGUUCUAGAGGGGGGCGUAAUGGUUAUGUAACACCCUGUAUACAAAAACGAAUUCAACAAAAAAUUAAUGUUCCACAUCACGAAUCAAAGAAUUCACCAUUUUUUGAACGUACACUACCAACUGCAACAAUUCAACCAACGUCAACGAAUAUUCAUUUAUCAAGUCAACAGCCAUUUACAUCACGUUAUUACUAUAAACAAUCAACAUCAACAAAUAAUCGAACAUAUCCAACACAAAAUAAUUAUACGAAUUUUAAACACAAUCAAAAAAAUCAUCCAAAAAAGGAAGCACAGCGAUUAACUCCAUGUUUAAUUUGUAACAAAACGAAUCACCCAACAAUUAAAUGUUUUUAUAAAAAAGACAACGGCUGUUUUAAAUGUGGACAAUCAAAUCAUCAAAUACGUGAUUAUCCUCAACAACAUUUUUUCGAAUAA